AUGGCAUCCCUCAGUGUAGAGACCUUGCGUCUCCAGCUGCAACUUAAGCAGGCAGAGCUGGAGUUAGAGAAAGUAAGGCUGCAGAAAGAGAAGGAAGAGAGAGAGAAGGCAGCCCAGAAAGAGCUGGAAAGAAGGAUCAAGGAGGACGCCAGCACGGAAGAAGUCCGUAUCAACUUUGAUUCCAUGAUCUCAUCUAAUUUGGAUUACUUUCCACGCAACUAUGCUGCUCAAACCAGUGAACAACAGCAUCAGCAACUGGAACCGAACACUACUGGGAAAACUGAAGAGAUGGCAUUUCCACAGCCCUUGGAAACCUACCUUUUUUGCCUUUUAAGAUAUGCAUUGUAUUGGAAGAAAAGAUUCUCUGAGCAGCCCAUCACAGACUUCUGUUGUGUAAUUAGAACAAAUUCCAAAGCACCGUUAGAGGAACAGGACAAUUAUUUUCUUUUAUGUGAUGCUUUACCUGAAGAUAGAACACUAAGAGAGAAGCUCCAACAGCAGAGACUGCGGGAAGUUCUGGAGCAACAGCAGCGAGAAAGAUAUGAUACAGACUUCUGUGGUACAUGCAUGUUCUGUGAUAAAGAAUUCACUGGAAACAGGUCAGUCCUUCUCAAUCACAUGGCAAAUGAUCAUGCAUUCAAUAUUGGGCUGCCAGACAACAUUGUAAACUGGAAGGAGUUUUUCGGUGUUUUACAGAAGAAAAUUGACAGUUUGCAGUGUUUAUACUGUGAAAAAAUCUUUCGAGAUAAGAACACACUCAAAGAUCACAUGAGAAAGAAGCAACAUCGCAAAAUCAAUGCCAAAAACAAAGAAUAUGACAGAUUUUAUAUUAUUAAUUACCUGGAAUUUGGAAAAUCUUGGGAAGAAGUUCAAUCUGAAGACGAUCGGGAACUCUUAGACAACCAAGAAGAAGACUGGUCCGAUUGGGAAGAACAUCCUGUCUGUGCAGUCUGCUUCUUUUGUGAGAAGCAAACAGACACUACAGAAAAACUGUAUGUUCAUAUGGAGGAGGCUCAUGGAUUUGACCUGCUAAAAAUAAAGUCUGACUAUGGUUUGAAUUUCUAUCAGCAAGUGAAAUUAGUGAACUUUAUCAGAAGGGAAGUCCACCAGGGUCGAUGUUACAGUUGCCAGAACACAUUCCAGUCAAAAAAAGAAUUGACCAGUCAUAUGGAAGAGACCAAACACAUCACAUUUUUGCCAGACAGAUCCAUCUGGGAUCAGCCACAAUAUUACUUUCCUACUUAUGAAAAUGAUACUCUUCUCUGCACACUCUCAGAUAGUGAUGAUGAAUCGAUGGCUGGGAAACGGAAAGAGGAUGUGCCUGUCAUUAGUGAGGAUAUUUCUAACAUUGAGGCUCUGAAGCAAAGCAGCGUGUUAAACCAACUUCGAGAGGAGAUGAAUAAUGGAGAGCCUUGAUGUUAAGGAAAUUGUGUUUCUUAAUGUACGAGCAAUUUGUCUUGCAGAGCAAAAUCUGACUUGGUAACUUACUAGUGCAAUAUGAAUUUGUGAUGGUUGUAGACCAGCUUAUUGAAUGGGAAACUCAAAUAAAAUAAAUAAGCAUUU